UGUACCUACUUACAGGUAUUGAGAAGUUAGUACGUCUUAAGAGUCGAGCGAAGACAGACGUGUUAUGCAUAAUCGUUGAAUAGAACAAAGGAAUUGUUUGUUUUUUUCUUUGCACAUAAUGUGGAAAUUUUUGUUCGUACUGUGUGCUGUUACUGGAAUUCAUACUGAGGCAACGGGCAAGGCACCAUGGAUCCGGUUGAACAGCGGACGGAAUAUACCAACUUUCGGCCUGGGAACCUGGCUGGGUAUGCAGGGUAAUGCGACAGAGACAGAUGAUUCUGUCGAGAAUGCUGUCAAAUGGGCCAUCGAUGCCGGGUACCGGCUCAUAGACACAGCGAGCAUUUACAAAACCGAAGAACAGGUAGGACGGGGAAUUGCAGCAAAAAUAGCUGAUGGUACGCUGAAGGACAGAAGCGAACUGUUCGUCGUUACGAAGCUAUGGAAUGACGCUCACGAACCGAAAAUGGUGGUGCCAGCGCUCCGGGAGUCCCUCGGCAGGCUCAACCUGACAUACGUGGACCUCUACCUGAUACACUGGCCUAUUGCGCAACAUAGUAACGGUUCCUUCUACAACACCGAUUAUGUGGACACUUGGAAGGCAAUGCUGGAAGCUCGUGACGAAGGUCUGGCGCGCUCCGUCGGCGUGUCCAACUUCAACAUCCAACAGCUGGACAGGGUCAUCUCCCUGAGUCCUGAGAAGCCUGCCGUCAAUCAGGUUGAGAUAAACCUCAACCUUCAGCAACCAGAGUUGUUAGAGUACCUCAAGAGGCACAACAUCGCAGUCAUGGGGUACACCCCCUUCGGGUCCUUGUUCCACCAGAAAGCUGCUGAUGAUGCGCCACCACCUCGUAUUGACGAUCCGGCUCUGAUCAAGAUCGCCGAGAAAUACAAGAAAACUGUGACGCAAAUAGCACUGCGUUAUCUUGUGGAACUUGGUGUGAUUCCAAUCCCGAAGUCGGUGACGAAGAACAGAAUCGAGCAGAACGUGGAUAUAUUCGACUUCUCCUUGACGCAAGACGAGCGAGAUCAGAUUAAAAAGUACGAUCACGGUUACCGCACGAUUGCUCCUGCUUUCUGGAAGGAUUCUCCCUAUUAUCCAUUCAAAUAAAAAAUUACAAAUGUUCAAAGA